GUGUGCGUGUGUGUGCAUGGCAGUGUCUGGAAGACAUCACUAUCUGAGAAAAUACUCUGAUGAGAUUAGUAUUGUUAGCCUAUUGUUUUCUCUGUGGUUAGGUAUUCUUUGAAAGUAUUGGAAAAAAGUCCAGCAAGAGGGAAAGCGGAUUCACUUGUUACUUAUUUUAGUUCUGCCUAUGUGAAGUUUGAAAGCAUGACCCUUUUAAACAGUCUCACAGGAAGAACAUUUCUCUUUGCCUCUUGUUAUUGCUUCCUCAGAGUCGGAUCAUGGAGCUGGAAGGCAAGGUCCGCAGGGCAGCAGCAGAGAGAGGCGCCGUGGAGCUCAAGAAGAAUGAAUUCCAGGGAGAGCUGCAGAAGCAGCGAGAGCAAAUUGAUAAAAUACAGUCCUUGCAUAGCUUCCAGAUGGAAAAUGCCAACAGAGUACAUUGGGAAGAGAAGGCAGUGCUGAUAAAUAACAUCACAACAAACGAACGAUUGAUCCAGAGUCUACAAGGUAGGACAUAAUACCUCCCUGUAUUGCUUUUUUCUU